CAGACCCGCCGCUCUGCUCUCAGUCUGAAGGAUCUAAACCCUCUACCCUCCAUCUUUGGUCUCUGGACCGUCCCCUCUGCGGUCUCUAACGCUCUCUAAACCCUCUCUGGGACUUUUGGACCGCGCGUCAUUUGGAGACUCUGCUGCGUCAGGAUGCGCGUCCGUCCGCUGCUGCUGCUGCUCUGCCUGCUGGGAGCUGCACGAGCUCAGAAGUUCUCUGCUCUCACGUUUCUCCGUGUCGAUCAGGAUAAGGAGUGUAACACUGACUGCAGCGGGGCUCCUCGUAAACCUCUGUGUGCCUCAGACGGUCGAACCUUCACGUCUCGCUGCGAGUUCCUCCGUGCCAAGUGUCACGACCCCCAGCUGGAGGUCAUCAGAGGGCCGUGCAAAGAUACAUCCAGGUGUGUAGCAGAGAAGAAGUACACGGAGCAGCAGGCCAAGAAGCUCUUUCCUCAGGUGUUUGUCCCGGUCUGUAACCCAGACGGGACCUACAGCGAGGUGCAGUGUCACAGUUACACAGGUUACUGCUGGUGUGUUACUCCCAACGGACGACCAAUCAGCGGCUCCGCUGUGGCCAAUAAGAAACCUCGGUGCCAAGGAUCUAAACAGGAGAGAGCGACGACCAGAGAGCCAGGUAAAUCAGUCUCCUUGCAAAUCUUCUCCAUUCUGACUGCAGAUGAGACGGGACUGAUGGUUGACCCUCAACCUGCUGCUGACGACGAUGACAUCACGGCCCAGUACCCGACCCUGUGGGAGGAGCAGGAACGGAGUCGACAGAACAACCGGACCAGAACUCCAUCCUCAUCAUGUGACCAGGAGCAGCAGUCAGCUCAGGAGGAAGCUCGGCAGCAUAAGAACGAUGCCGUCUUUGUUCCAGAUUGCUCUCAUGGGGGACUGUACAGACCGGUGCAGUGUCACCCAUCCACUGGGUACUGCUGGUGUGUGCUGGUUGACACGGGACGGCCCAUCCCUGGGACCUCCACCAGGUAUGAACAACCAAAGUGUGACGGCAACGCUCGAGCUCAUCCAACCAAACCCAGAGAUCACUACAGGAGCCGCCAUCUGCAGGGAUGUCCCGGGGCCAAGAAGACAGAGUUCCUGACAAGUGUGCUAGACGCUCUGUCCACUGACAUGGUCCACGCUGUCACAGACCCAGCAUCAGCUGGGAGGAUGGCGGAGCCUGACCCCGCCCACACCCUGGAGGAGCGUGUGGUUCACUGGUACUUUAGUCAGCUGGACAGGAACUUGAGCGGAGACAUCGGGAAGAAGGAGAUCAAACCGUUCAAACGCUUUCUGAGGAAAAAGUCCAAACCUAAGAAGUGUGUGAAGAAGUUUGUGGAGUACUGCGACCUCAGCAAUGACAAGGCGCUGUCUCUGCACGAGCUGAUGGGCUGUCUUGGCGUCACCAAGGACGACGCAGCCAAACCAGGAGACAGUUUACCUCCCAGUAAACUGAGUCCAUCGAGGAAGCAGGGCUGAAUGACGCUCCGUGUGGUGGUCCGCGGCAGUUUGCGGCAGUCUGCAGCAGUCUGUGGCGGUCUGUGGCGGUCUCUUGCAGUCUGUGGUGGUCUGCGGCGGUCUGUGGCUGUCUGCCGUGGUUUUGGCAGCGGUGAUGGAUCCAUAGUAUUUGCACUUUGUACUUUAAUGUAAAUCGAGGGUAGAGCUGACUCUGUAUUUAAUCAGGCUGCUGAUGUGUGAUUGGUUGUGAGUCCUGACCCAUUAUUAACACAUACAAUGUAUGUGUCCUGUGUGUCUAAAAGCUUUUUAAUGUCAGACAUGUUUGAUGAACUUUGACCCUGAAUGUUUGAUGGUGUGGUGAUGUGUACAGCAGUCUGUAUGAAUGUUUAGAUCAUUGAAACGUCCAACAUGUUCAUGUAUGUUCU